AUGAGCACACCGAGCAAGCGUCGCAAGAAGAAUGACUAUCAAGUAUCGUCGCAACCAGUGCGCAAGCUCGACUACUUCUUCGGCAAGCAGAAGGGGAAGGAACUUCCUGUGCUAGUGCAGGACGAGGUGAAUGAUGAAGAUGAUGAACAUUUGACGGAUGAGCAGCUGGCUCGGAAGCUACAGGCAGAGUGGGAUGAGCAAGAUCGAUCACAGCAGGAUGGAGGGGACGAUGCGCCGCAUGUUACAGAAGCAACGGCUGAGGAUGGCCAGGCAGUAGCAGGGGAUGUGAAUGAGCCAAGGCCGGACGUGGACGAGGCCGAUGAUCCGAUCGUGAAGGAUGAAGAGAGGCAGGACAUGGAGGCACGAGUGGCAGAGCACGACAGUGAGGCUGACAUGAAGCCAUCCGAUCACCAACCUGUAACGAAUGCAUUUGCCAACAUGGGAAAGAAGAAUACAUUAUCCCUACAGUCAGCCACGGCCGACGAGGAUGUCACGUCUUACAACAUCUCCUUCGAUCAGUCGCCUCUCGCUUUCGAGCCAGAAAAGUUCCUCCCCGACCUUCGCAAGCAAUGGGCCGCAGAAGGAGGGUCAGCGACGUAUGCACUUCUCACCCACUGUUUCGUGCUCGUGAACAGCACCCAGUCCCGCAUCAAGAUCGUCGACACGCUCACCAACCUCAUACGUACUCUUAUCGUCGCCGAUUCGGACUCACUACUCCCGGCGGUCUGGCUGGCUACAAACUCCAUCUCGCCGCCGUACAUCGACAUUGAGCUAGGACUGGGCGGGAGUGCCAUCUCCAAAGCGCUGAAGAAGGUCUGUGGUCUUGACAAUGCUGCGCUCAAGACGCUAUACAAUAAGCAUGGCGAUGCGGGCGAUGUGGCGUUUGAGGCGAAGAAGAGGCAGAGUCUGACACUGCGCAAGCCGAAGCCUCUAACCAUCAAGGGUGUGUAUGAGAGUCUACAUAAGAUCGCCGCAGCAAAAGGCCAUGGAAGUGUAGAAGCGAAGCAAAGAAUAGUAGAGAGAUUGGUCCAGGAUGCGAGAGGAGCGGAGGAGAGUCGAUACAUCGUGCGGACACUCGUGCAGCACCUCCGCAUCGGCGCCGUCAAAACAACCAUGCUCAUUGCACUCUCUCGCGCCUUCUUACUUUCACGACCACCUGAUGCACAGUUCCCGAUCAGAUCUACAUCAGACCUAGCCAAGCUAAACAAGCAAGACCUCGCCGAAGCCUACUCCCCGGGCGAGGAACUAGUCAAAGCCUCCUUCGCCCGCCGACCAAACUAUAACGACCUCGUACCAGCACUACUAGAAAUUGGCAUCUGUGACGAACUCGUCAUCCGCUGUGGUCUGGCGUUACAUAUCCCGCUCCGACCAAUGCUGGGCGGUAUCACGCGUGACCUGAACGAAAUGCUCACCAAGCUCCACGGCCGGGACUUCACCUGCGAAUUCAAGUACGAUGGUCAACGGGCGCAGGUCCACUGCGAUGGUAAUGGGAAGGUUACCAUCUUCUCGCGGCAUCUGGAGGUGAUGACGGAUAAAUAUCCGGAUCUCGUGGCCCUGGUCCCACAGAUCCGUGGUGAAGGCGUGCGGAGUUUCAUCCUCGAAGGGGAAGUCGUGGCGGUUGAUCAGACGACGGGGGAUCUGAAGCCCUUCCAGAUCUUGGCCAAUCGAGCGAGGAAGGAUGUCGUGAUCCAGAGUGUCAAGGUGGAAGUCUGUCUGUUCGCUUUCGACCUGAUGUACUUGAAUGGAGAGGAAUUGCUCGAUCGACCGUUUCGGGAGAGGAGGAGUCUACUGCGGAGUCUGUUUGUUGAGAUCCCGAGGAGGUUCACUUGGGUCAAAAGUUUGGAUGCUACGAGUAAGGAUGGGGAGGUCGUUAGUGCGUUUUUCAAGGAAGCCACGGAGAUUAAAUGCGAGGGGAUUAUGGUUAAAGUGCUGGAUCAUAUGGUCGAUCCUGGCUUGCAGGGCGAGGGUGAAGGCGAGGGAGAAGGUGAAGAAGGGAUUGAUGCGGUACCCGCACCACCUACACCCUCCAAACCCAAGAAGAAAGCAGCAAAGUCGAAAGCGAAAGCAAAGUCCACAGCAUCCACCACCAACAGCGAAGAAACGGAGAAACCUCCCUCCUCCCGCCGCAAACCCUUACCCUCAACCUACGAACCCGACAAACGCCUCGACGCCUGGCUGAAAGUCAAAAAGGACUACCACACCAGCGCCGACACCAUCGACCUCAUCCCCGUAGGAGCCUGGCACGGUUCCGGCCGCAAAAACGCCUGGUGGUCUCCCAUCCUCCUCGCGUGUCGGAACGAAGAGAAUGGGACGCUCGAGGUGGUAACUAAAUGUAUUAGUGGAUUUACGGAUGCGUUCUACAAAGCCAACCGUGUGAAAUACGACCCGGAUGCCCAUGAGGGUGAGGGUGAGAAUACCAUUGCCCGGCCGGGCUAUGUGGAAUACAUCGGCCGUCCGGACGUCUGGUUCGAGCCGCAGGAGGUGUGGGAGAUGGCGUUUGCGGAUGUGACGUUGAGUCCGACGUACACGGCUGCGAUUGGGCUGGUGAGGGAGGAUAAGGGGAUUGAAGAGGCGAGUUCGAAUGAGUUUUUGGCCGGGUUGUAUCGGAAGCAGGAGGCUAGAGCUCCGUCUGAAGUGGUGGGUGGGGGAGGGAAGGUGGAGGAGGAGGGGGAGGAGGAGGAGGGAGGGGAGGAGGAGUGA